AUGCCCUCAGUUGCUCAGCUGGGAUAUCCGUUUAACUUGACGUGUGUUGUCCACCUGAGGAAAACCAAUGCGGUCUUUGUCGCCAUCGACUGGUUCCGUCCUGAGCAUAGCUACGACAAUCUAAUUCAGUCUCACACUCAUGGGCUUCCUGGCCUCAGUGGUUUGCAUGAAUCAACCAUGAGCUUAGACACAAUGUCCAACAAUCAAACCGCAUUCAUGAUUCAUUGGUUUGCGCAGACGUUUGUCCAGCUGACCAACCGCCCCUCGCUUGGAAUACGAGUAUACAAACAACUUCUCGCGGAUCCUUUGAAGUCGUACAAGAGUGAAGUAGUGUUUGAGUCGGCAACUGUCUCAUCUCUGGACGCUGGAUUUUACGAGUGUCGAGCUUAUGAACCAGUCAAUCGGGGAGAUGUGCGAAUUUUGGACAGAGCGAUUGUUUAUGUCGAUGUGCACAGACCAUUUCCCUAUAAACAAAGGGAUACGGGAGAUUGGCCCGAACGGGUGGGUCGUCUGCUAGCCUUACACUGGAAAAUAUUGUUUGACGAUUCGGACAGGCGUGUUCACGACCAAUACACACAAAAUGAUGUCGCCACGAAAAAUAAAGAUGGUUAUCUGCCGCUUGGCAGUGAUUUC